GUGACUUUCUAACUAUGUGAAAUAGUGAAACGCUGGUGAUUUUUCGAUAUGUACGAUAGUAAAUUGCAGUAAGAUAAUUAUAUAAAAAGAAUAUCCAUCCAUAUAAUCCAACACUGUGACAUAGUAGAUUUAAAAUGGAUGACGAGGUUUCUUCUGAAAUAUAUCAAGAAAAUAAUUAUUUCACACGAAAGAAACCGACUUUUGAUGACAAAAAUGUUGUUUCAAAAUUCAAUUUCGUCCUGCCUCAGCGGUGGCCUGGUUUGAUGUCGGUCGAUGCAGAUGGAGAUUUAAACGUUUUACGGAAGAAUUCUGCGUCGCCAACAGAGUCUAUUGAAAUAGAACACAAGCAGAGCACCAUAAUCGAUAUGGUUGGUCUACAAAUUUGGAGAGGAGCUCUGCUUUUGGCCGAUUGGCUUAUAUAUAACCAUGACAAAAUUCCUACAGAUUCAGUAAUCUUGGAGCUAGGUUCAGGAGUUGGACUUACCAGUAUUGUCGCAUCUAUGUACUUCCCAGUAAUCUGUACAGAUAUUAACAGAGGGAAUAUUUUGGGACUAAUUGAAAGCAAUGUUUCACGAAACAAGAAUCUUUCAAGGCAUCCUGUGAGAGUAUUAGAAUUGGACUUUCUUUCUCCCGAUAUCCCUCAAGAAAUUCUCGAACAACUGCCAAAUAUUUCUGUGAUCAUUGCGGCAGACACCGUUUAUGACGACACAAUCACUGAAGCCUUCGUGCGGACAGUUCAUCGAUUAGUAACUUCUUCUCCUUCUCCUUCUGGCAAAAGAAGCGUGUAUAUAGCUCUUGAGAAGCGAUUCGUUUUUACGUUGUCCGACUGCGACACUGUAGCUCCUUGCUAUGAGUAUUAUCUAAAAUGUCUGGACAAGUUGACAGGCGUUAAGUGCGAAGAAGUUUCACUGGCUUUUCCGAAGUCCUUCGAGUACGAUAGGGUCAAGGAAUUGGUAUUGUGGAAAGUGACGUCUGUGUAGCAUCUGCUUGUUAAAUUGUUAUGUCCACAUACAUAUUUUUAUUUAAUAAAUUACAAGUUUCUC